AUCACAAUUAUCGUCCCUGUUUUGCUUCUUUCUUCAUCUCCUUCGUCUUCCUCGUUGAUCCUUAUUAUCUAGGGCUUCGCGACUUCGAUGAAGGUUUUGAAGCGUAGGGUUUUCACCGAACCGUACCUGAACGAGUCCAACACGGAGCUCUCUUUGAGUUUGGUACAAUGAGUGCAGUGAACAUUACGAACGUGACGGUCUUGGACAACCCGGCGUCGUUUCUGGCCCCUUUCCAGUUCGAAAUCUCAUACGAGUGUGUCACUCCUCUCAAAGACGAUUUGGAAUGGAAACUCAUUUAUGUUGGAUCAGCUGAGGAUGAAACUUAUGAUCAACUUUUAGAAAGUGUUCUUGUAGGGCCUGUCAAUGUUGGAAACUACCGUUUCGUCUUGCAGGCAGACCCUCCGGAUCCUUCAAAGAUCCGUGAAGAAGAUUUAAUUGGUGUCACAGUGCUCCUCCUGACCUGCUCUUAUCUGGGCCAAGAAUUUGUCCGAGUGGGCUAUUAUGUGAACAAUGAUUAUGAUGAUGAGCAGCUUAGAGAGGAACCUCCCCAAAAGGUGUUGGUUGAUAGGGUCCAAAGAAACAUAUUAACUGAUAAACCUAGAGUCACUAAGUUCCCCAUCAAUUUUCACCCUGAAAAUAAUGAAAGUGGAGAACAAGGACCUCCAGCUGAUCAUCCGAUUGAAGCAGAUGGAAAUGAAGAGCAGCUGGUUUCUUCAUUGGAUCAUCCUUCAGGAGAGGAAGGACCUUAAAGUCAAUGAUGUUUUAGUUCUCUGAACUCCUAACUUCUCAGUAGGUGUGUAGAAAGCUUAUCUUCUUCGGUGGCAUCAUUGCUAAACGAUCUUAUACACGAAACCAUGUUUGAGCUUUUCACCAAGUUUAUGUGGAUAUUUAAUGACGGAUGACAGAUGUACUGGGUCAAAUCAGGUUGUUGUUGGCUGUUAAGCUAGUGGUUUGACGUUUUGGUUUGUGUUCCAGAUUGGACUCUUGAGAGUUUGACUCGGUUGAUUAGUGCAUUUGCGUUCUUGCAAGCUGUAACUGAUGUAUUUUGCAAAAGAAGCUAAUAUAGUU